CAACCCGCUCAAUUGCACACCUGCUUGAAGCCGUGCUCUUCAAAACUUCAACUCCCACCGACUUUCCAGAUCUCCCUGUCUCUUUGUCUUUUCAACUAAAAUCUUGAAAAAAAAUUCUGGAUUUCAAAGAGUACUAUUUCUUGCUUCUCUCCGUUAAUGGCUUCUAAGUUCAAUCCUCUCCAAUAUCACCCACCUCCAAAUACCUGCGCUUGCUUAAUCCAGGACCCUAAACAACUCACUCCUUCUCCCAAAACUCUCAUUCAAGAUCCAAAAUUAGUUAUCAAUGGGGGGUCCACACUCAGUGGCCAUGUCAGCAUUAGUGGGUCCAAGAACUCAGCUUUACCUAUUCUUGCAGCUACCCUUUGCUGCUCUGGAUCUUCAAACCUUAAAAAUGUACCCUGUUUAUCAGAUACUAGAACAAUGGCUUCAAUCUUGAAGUCUUUGGGUGCUCAAGUUACGACUUUUAAUGGAGAAAUAGUGGUUAAUACUGAUGGACUGCUGUCUUUAGAACCUGAUUCGACUGAAAUUGGGAAACUUAGAGGUGGGUUUUUUGUGUUAGGGCCAUUAUUGGCUCGAUUUGGUGAGGCUACUGUUGGGUUACCUGGUGGGUGUGACAUUGGAGCUCGGCCUAUUGAUCUUUAUAUUCAUGGUUUCCAAGCUCUUGGUGCUACAGUUGAGUUGAGGGAUGGAAAAGUGCAAGCACAUGUAUCAAAUGGUAAAGGUUUGACUGGUGCAAGCUUCCGACUCGACUGCCCCAGUGUAGGAGCAACAGAAACUCUUAUGAUGGCAGCAUGUUUGGCUGAGGGAAAUACUGUAAUCUCAAAUGCAGCUCAAGAACCAGAGAUCAUUGACCUUGCUGGCUUCUUAACAAAUUGUGGGGCAGUUGUGGAAGGAGCAGGAACAGACACACUGUAUAUUAGUGGAAGGAGAAGGUUGUAUGGUUCUGAGUAUAGUAUAAUGCCCGACAGGAUUGAAGCCGGAACUUAUAUGUUAGCUGCUGCUAUUACUCGGUCAUAUAUCUCAAUGUCGCCUGUCAUUUACAGCAAUUUGACUUGUUUAUUAGACAAGCUUUCAUGUGCUGGUUGUAAAAUAUUACAGCUUAGUGAUGACACUUUGGAGCUUUCAGCAGUACCUGGGGCAACUAGAGACAAUUUGCAAGGGUUCAGUAUCAAGACACAUCCAUUUCCUGGAUUUCCGACAGAUCUCCAGCCUCUGACAAUGGCAUUGCUUUCAACAUGCAAAGGCAUAAGCGUUAUUGAGGAAACUGUCUUUGAAAAUCGUAUGAGCCAUGUAACAGAACUGCAGAAAUUUGGAGCUAAAAUUCAGGUCUGCGGAAGCACAGCAUUAGUUUUUGGGAAGGGAAAUGCAAGUUCACUAUGUGGUUCUCAAGUUAUUGCAACUGAUUUGCGUGGGGGGAUGUCAUUGGUUUUGGCGGGUCUAGCUGCUGAAGGAUGUACUGAAAUCAGUGGAAUCUCCCAUGUAGAUAGGGGCUAUGAAAGUUUGGAGAUGAAACUUCAGGGUCUAGGUGCCAAUGUCACAAGGAUGACUUCCAGUAGCGGUCCUAGCUAGAAUUUUGGUAUCAGCUUUGCAAGUCGGUAAUUUAUCUUUGAUACAAGACUUCAAUCGCAAAGCUCAUUGUUCACUAACCUACUAAUUGUACUGUUUGUUUGACCACAUAGAUUGAUUAGGGGAGGCUCUUUUCUUUUGAGUUUUUUUUCGAAUUUGAACUUGAACUUGAACUUGAACUUGAACUUGAAAGGAUUUAGGAUAGAUGUCAUGAGUAGUAGUUUUGGCAAGAAGUAGUAUAUCAGAGGAAAUGCAAGUUGAUUUUCUACUUCUUGGUUGAAUUCCAAAACAUGUUACUCAAUUGAAUAGACAUCAAUAAAUUUUUGCUAUACCCCCUAAAAUUUUUGUU